AUGAUUGAAAAGGAAGUAGAUGCUACGAAACCUGAUCUGAAAAGUGGGCUUGAUAUACAGUUAAAUCAAUGUUAUACUGGUAUAACAACGGAACUGCACCGCAAUCAUGUAUCAGAACAUUCUCGUAUUACUAGAGAAGGUAAACAGAUGUUUAUAAGCCGGUCUGAAGGACGCCAACAGGUGUCAGAAUGCAAAUACUUACAGAGCUCAUUGGAUACAGCCGCUGCGUCACUCAUGAAGGAACUGCUCCUUGAAAUGGGACCCCAAUUUCCCCUUCGACCGCUGUCUCUUGCUUCUGCUCUGUCCACAUCAUUGGCAUUACAAAUAUGA